AUGAGUUACGCAGAAGCAGCGGCCAAAGGGCCUAAGCAAUCACCGGAAGAAGCGUAUGCAUAUCCCCCAUUAAUCCCAAUCUCAUCCAUCCGCGCCCCAGCACCCCCUCAGAUCGAAAAGACCGAAUCCGACACCACCUCCCUUGUCGACGUCGACUCGCCUCACAUCUCCUCCGUCCCCGCCGACUACGAAUCCCAACGCGUGAAAACCACCACGCAAGCCACGCGCCUCGAGCACGAAGCCGAAGACAAGGCGCGCGAGGCGGCCAAGCGCACAUCCGAAGCCGCGCACGAAACCAAGGAGAAGGCGAAGGUUGGUGCGAAGAAAGCCAAGGCGAAGGCGAAGGAGGAAGGGCGGAAACUGGAUGCCAACAGAGAUAACCCGGUUGUCAUCGCUAAUGGGGUGAUUCUCUUGGUGGGUAGCGGGGUGUUGGGUUUUGCAGCAUACAAGAAGUAUAGUGAGGGGACGCUGGAUUGGAAGGUUGCCGGUACCACGGCGGCGGCGGUGGGUGCGUUCGCUGUUGCGGAUUAUUUUGUCAGCCAAUGGUUCUUCCAGAACAAAUAUCCUCCCAAUGAAUAG